AUGGCAGACAAUUCGGGAGACGAGGCUGAUUCUCGGACAGCAUCAGUUGGUCUCCAGCGCUCGCGGGAAAACAAAUUAUCUGCACGAAACUCCCAAGAUGGCGAUUCCCGACCCACGAAGAAACAACGACGGAGCCGAUCCCGCGGCCAAGAUGUUGAUCCGGACGAUACAUCUAGCUCCGGUUCUAGCUCAGACGCUGGGCACAACUCGGAUGGAUCAGAAGCGCCCGAACCCACUGCUGCCAACCCUCAUGCAGGAAGCACUGCGCCUGCGAUCAGUUGGAACCAAGGAAAGAAAGCGGCUGUUCGCACAACGCUUGGAAAGAGGAAGGCCCCCCCGUCCAACGGGACGAGUAAUCAAUUCAACGCUGUGAAUGAUACAUACUGGCGCACUCGCAGUGCCUCUAUCUCCUCUGGAGUCAGCGACACACAGGAACCCACAGCGGACAAGGACAAGGCCAACGCAAGCAGUGAAUUGGAGGAAGGCGAGGUUGACUCCAAGAGCGAGUCGGAUGGCUCGAUUUCGUCAAACUCCGAAGCCGAUGACUCCAUAUUGCUGAACCUUGGCGCGAAGAACGCAAAUGAUGCGACUCCGGCAGAGACUCUGCUCGCAGAUGGUGUACAACCAAAUGGAGUCACAAAUGGUGAGACCAAUGGUUCAGCAAAGAGAAUGGAUACCUCCGGCCCGGCAGAGUCCAAGGAAGAAGCCUUCCAGCGCUUCUCGCGCAAGUAUCCCACCGCGCCCACUGCUUUGGUGGAUUUGAGCCGGGAAGACUUUGAGGAGCAGGCAAAAUACGUGCACUGGGCUCUUGACAUCAAUGAAAUCGAUCUCCAGCUUCCUAUUGUGUGCAUUGAGUGUCAAGGAUCAGGUCAUCUGGCCGAGGUGUGCCCGACAAAAGAGUGUGUACACUGUGGUGUGUGGAAUAAACAUACGAGUUCCUCCUGCUCUACAUGGCAAAGGUGCCCCCGAUGUCGGGAAAGAGGCCACGGAGAAGACCAGUGCUCCUCUCCCCUCAAAGGUUCUACCACAGAAGUCCCCUGUGACCUCUGCGGCUCGCAAAACCACGUCGAAGUUGAUUGUAGUGCCGCGUGGAAAUCCACGCUCCAAGAGCCUACUGCGACAGGUGUCACAGUCUCCCUCUCAUGUGCUCGUUGCAUUAGCUCAAGCCAUUUGAUCGGCGAUUGUCCGUCUAACCGCAACCCUCUCCCUAACUCCUCCUUCACCCUCAGCGGCGUUGACCCCAGCACCAUCACAAACCUCAACACAGGGCCCUCAACGAAGCCUGUCUCUGCGAAACCACCUCCGCCCACCAGGGCGCCACGCAGUAAAAAUCGCCGAGGUCCGAAGAUACGAGAUCCGUCCUCAGAGAGUGACAAUGGUGCUUUCCCCCCGCGUGGUGGCCGCCGCCCUCCCCCUCCGCCUCCAUCGCGCGGCAGAGGUCGUGGCAAUAUUUCGUUCGGCAGCAGCAGCACGUUUGUCCCUAGCCAGCCUCGGGGAAAGCCACCGUCGCGUCCUUUCAAUGGAAACCGCGGUCCUCCGCCUCCAAGAGGAGGGGGAAGUGGUGGUAGCAGCUUCCGAGGCCGUGGACGGGGUGGCAAGUCGCGUAGAGGCAAAUAA